AUGGCCGCGGGCGCUCCCGCGGGCGAGGGGCCGUCCCCCGCCCGCCCAUCGCGCCUCCGCGUCAUGCGCCCGGAGGUGGAGGAGGUCCUCAAGAGCCCCCGCCGCGGCCGGCCCAGGCCCAAGGAGGGCGCGGAGCAGGACGACGCCGCCGGCCCGCGCCCGCGGUACGAUUGCGCGUUCCAGGACGAGGAGAGGAAGGAGGGGGAGCAGGGGUUCGCGCCGCCCGACGUCGUGUGGUGCAAGGUGCGGAGCCACCCCUGGUGGCCGGCCCAGGUCUUCGACGCCGCCGACGCCUCCGAGCUCGCGCUCCGCCACGCCAGGCCCGGCGCGCCCCUCGUCGCCUACUUCUGGGACCGGACCUUCGCCUGGAUGGACCCCUCCGCGCUGCGCCCCUUCCGCACCCACUUCCCCCGCCUCGCCGCCCAGAGCACCGUCUCCAGCUACGUCGCCUCCGUCGACGCCGCGCUGCAGGAGGUCGCCCGCCGCAUCGAGGCCGGCCUCUCCUGCGCCUGCUCCCCGCCCGCCCUCGCCAGGAAGCAGCAGAUUCACAACUCCGGGAUCAGGGAAGGGGCCCACGGCGCCGUGGUGGACGAGGUGUACAUGAGGGACACGUUCCGCGCCAAGCCCUUCAUCCACUACAUUUCGGCGCUGGCGAGGACCCCGCUGGCCGGCGCCGAUCGUCUCGACCUUGCCACCGCCGUGGCGCAGCUCAGGUCCUUCAACCGCUUGAGGUGUCCAAUGGAGCUCCCUGAGUUUGUCAUCUACCAGGGGAUUGAGGACGUUGCUGCUGAGGCUGAGGUGGCAGCAGCAUCCCCGCACACAAAGAGGAAGAGGACGGAGAGGGAUGCCGAUGCUCCUGCCAAGGAAAAGAAAUCGAGGCAUGUCGAGGGCUCAUCUCACAAGAGAGAUGCUGCUGCCGCAAGGGAACAAGAAGAGGCCAUUGAGGAUGCUCCGACCAAGGAGGAGAAGAAAUCGAGGAGGAGCUCGUCGCGCAAGAGAGAUGCUGCAAUUGAAGAAGAGGACAGCCCUCCUAUCCCCUCAGCCAGGAACUCCUCCAAAGAUGCAGCCGAUAAGGGAGGAGAAGCCCCUUCAAACAAAGAUGCUGCCAUGGUUGAGGACAGCCCCAUGCCCAGUAGCAAGCAAAGCAAGUCGAAGAGAGCUAGCAAGAGUGCAGCAGAGAAAAAGAAGAAAGAAACCUCCAAAGACGCAGCAGAUAAGGGCGAGUCUCCACCAGAGGCAGAGCCUGCGAAAGAAGAUGAUAUGAACGAGGACAGCUCUAUGCCAAGUGCGGAGGCGACAGAUGAUACGUUGAGCAAGCAAAGGAAGUCCAAGUCGAAGAGAGUUAACAAGAGUGCAGCAGAGAAAGAGAAGAAAGACACCUCCAAAGACGCAGCAGAUAAGGGCGAGUCACUACCAGAGGCAGAGCCUGCAAAAGAAGAUGAUAUGAACGAGGACAGCUCUAUGCCGAGCGUAGAGGCGGCAGAUGAUACACUGAGCAAGGGAAGGAAGUCAAAAAGAGCUAGCAGGAGCUCAGCAAAGACAAAGAAGAAGGACACCUCCAAGGACGGAGACAAGACAGAGUCUCUAACAGAGGCUGCAAAGGAAGUUGCCGAGAACGAGGACAGCCCUAUGCCCAGUGCAGAGGCGACAAAUGAUACAGUGAGCAAGAAAAAAAAGUCAAAGAACAGUAAGAGUUCGGCAAAGACAAAGAAGAAAGAUGCAGAUGGUGCAUUGAGCAAGGAAAGGAAUUCCAAAAUCAGUACGAGGUCGGCAAAGAAGAAGAAGAAAGAUGCAGAUAAGAAGGAGUCUCUGCCAGAGCCUGUACAGGAAGGUGCUGAGAAUGAUGACAGCUCUAUGCCCAGUGGAGGGGCGACAGAUGGUGCAUUGAGCAAGGAAAGGAAUUCCAAGAUCAGUACGAGGUCGGCAAAGAGGAAGAAGAAAGACACAGAUAAGGCGUCUCUGCCAGAGCCUGCAAAGGAAAAGGCCACUGGUGAUGGCAGUUCGACGCCGAGUAGAGGGGCGGCAGAUGAUACACCGAGCAAGGAAAGGAAGUCCAGUAAGAGUUCAGCCAGGAACAGGAUCAUAGACACCUCCAUAGAUGCAUAUGAAGCUGAAACAGCUGGUGGCAGCAAGACGGCAGACAAGAAGGCUGUGGAUGGCAAAUCAGGGCGUAGACUAAGGUCCAGCCACAAGAUGCGAGAGGCUUUGGAGGUUCUGAAAGGGCCGGGGAAGAAGCAUGCUGGGGAAACCACAAAAGCAAAAGAUAAAGAUGCCGUUUCUCCUCUCCAGAAAAGGUUGCAUCUUGAUGUACACUCAGCAACCGAGAAUGCACCCUUUGCAGUCUCUGAGCUUGGCAGGAAGAAGAAGACGCUUGUUGAACUUCUGUCAGAGACAGCUACUCCUAAUCGUUCAGCUGGUGGUAAGAGCAAGGCUCGAGCAAAGCGUCCCUUGCCUUCUUCAACUCUGAAACCUGAGGAUCCUAAGGCUACACCAAACACCAGAGGGAAGCAUUCUUUGCCUGCUUCUGCUGAGAAACCCGAGGAUCCAGGCCGUCAUAAGGAUACAAUGAAGACCAGAGAGAAGCGUUCUGUGGCUGCAUCAACCGAGAAACCUAAGCGUGAUACAAAAAGUACAGUGAAGACUAGAGGAAAAAGUUCUUUGCCUUCUUCAGCUGAGGAACCUGAGGACCCAGAUCGUGAUAAGAUUGAUACAGUGAAGACUAGAGGGAAGCGUUCUUUGCCUGAAUCAACUGAGGAUCCUGACCGUGACGCAAAGGAUGCAGCGAAGACUAGGGGGAAACGUUCUCUGCCUGAAUCAACUGAGGAACCUGAGGGUCCUGAUGACCGUGAUAUGAAGGAUACAAUGUACACCAGGAAACGAAAGAAGCUCGACACAUUGGGGGAUUUGUCUUCCCAGCCACAGCCUGUUUCUCCCAAGGGUGUUACGAAAGCUCGAGAAGUGAAGCGCAAAGCUGCUGGGCAGAAGUCACAGGCAUCUCCUGUUGUCAAAUCCAGUGGUGGCAUAUCAGGCGAUUCGUCUUCCCAGCCAGAGCCUCUCUCCUCUAAGAGGUCCGCAAGGCGCAAAGCUGCUGAACUGAAGCCACAGACACCCCCUGUUGUCAAAGCUAACGGCGAAGCUUCUCAGACGAGGUCGCGUAGGGCCAAAAACAGUGAGGUGACUGUUCCAGACAAGCCUCCACGCUCUGUUAAGCUGGAUAAGGGCAAGAAAGGUGCCGUGGCAGAAGACUCUCCGUCUUGUGGUGAAAUGCUGUCGCAGCUUUGUGUAGGAGCAAGUGAUGCUGAGAAGAUAGGGAAGAUCACCCCUACAAGCGCUAGCUUCUUGACUGAUUUUUUGAAGAGUGCUCGUGUCUGUACUUCUGAUGUGGAGGAGGCAGCCAACACAGACUGCCGUGCUUCUAGUCCCGGUGCUGACGAGGAGAUACCUGAGAAGGCAGCAGCAGACAGAAUUUCUAGUACCCAUGCGGACUUGGAGGUGCCUGAGGAGGCAGCAAAGAAAGUAUCUAGUCCGAGUGCCGAUGAGGCGAUACCCGAGGAGGCAGCAGAGGAAGUAUCUAGUCCCAAUGCUGAUGAGGUGAUACCCGAGAAGGCAGCAGAUGAAGUUUCUAGUGCCCCUGCUGAUGAGGCGAUACCUGAGAAGGAAGCAGAAAAAGUUUCUAGUCCCCAUGCUGACGAGGCGAUACCUGAGAAGAUAGCAGAUGAAGUUUCUGGCCCCAAUGCUGAUCAGGUGAUACCUGAGAAAGCAGCAGAUGAAGUUUCACUUGCUCCUGCAGACGAAGAGACACUCUUGAAGGUAAAAGAGGAAGUUUCUAGUCCCCACGCUGACGAGGCGAUACCUGAGAAGGCAGCAGAUGAAGUUUCACUUGAGGAGGCAGCAGAGAAAGUUCCUGGCCCCCAUGCUGAUGAGCAGAUACCUCAGGAGGCAGCAGAGGAAGUUUCUAGCCCCCAUGCCGAUGAGGCGAUACCUGCGAAGGCAACAGAGAAAGUUUCUAGUGCCCUUGCCGAUGAAGAGACACAUGAGAAGGCAGCAACAGAGAAAGUUUCUAGUGCCCCUGCUGACAAGGAGACACUUGAGGAAGUAAAAGAGGAAGUUUCUAGUCCCCAUGCUGAUGUGGUGAUACCUGAGAAGGCAGCAGAUGAAGUCUCUAGCCCCCCUGCCGACGUGGAGACACCUGAGAAGGCAACAGAGGAAGUUUCUUGCCCCCCUGCCACCGAGGAUAUAGCUGAGAAGGCGGCAAACAGAGUGUCCAGUCCCCCUGCUGCUGAGGAGAUGGCUGCUGAGAAGGCAGCAGACAAAGCGCCUAGUCAUCAUGCUGCUGAGGAGAUGGCUGCUGAGAAGGCAGCAGACAAAGCGCCUAGUCCUCAUGCUGAUGAGGAGAUGGCUGCUGAGAAGGCAGCAGACAAAGCGCCUAGUCCUCAUGCUGAUGAGGAGAUGGCUGAUAAGCCAACAAAGAGCUCCCCUGCUCCAUCAGAGCCGCCCGUGGUGGCUGAUCAUAUGAAGGACGAUUACUGGUCUGACAUUCUCAUAAACGUGGAGGAACCGCUGUCUAGCCUGGUAAAGAAGAAGGACAAGGGCAAGAUGAGAUCAAGUAAGAAGCAGCGGUGUGACGACGAGAUGAAGCAAGAUGAAGCAGAGGCCAAAAGCCAGCAAGACAAGGCAGAGGCAGAGAACGGGAAGGCGAACGGCGGCCAGGCAAGCGCGGCCGAGGAGGACGCGUCGCUGACGGGGCUGGUGCUGCACUUCAGCAAGCCGGGCGCGGUGCCCUCGCGCGGCGACCUCAUCAAGAUCUUCAGCCAGUACGGGCCGGUGAGCGAGGUGAGGACGGAGACUGACAAGCACUCCAGCUCCGCCCAGGUGUUGUUCAGGCGGCGCAUGGAUGCGGAGGCGGCGUUCGGGGGCGCUGGCAAGAUCCCCGCCCUCAGGCCCGGCCUCGCCAGCUUCCGCCUCACCGACUUCCCGUGCGCGGAGGCCGCCGCCGCCGCGUUCUUGGGGGACGACGGGCCGAAGUAGGAGUGAAUAGGGGUGCUGGAGGUGAAGGAGAGGUGAAUGAGUGGAGGAGGUGUUUCUAUUUAGGUGGUGGUAGCUUUCUGGUUGUGUUAAAAAGGAGGAGAGGAGUAAGAAAGCAGGCAUUGUGGCUUUGUGGUGGUCUCUUUUUGGAGGUGGCAUGGGAUGCUCCCUGGAUGCUGAUGCUGAGAGGUGUUUGUUAAUUAAUUAAGUAAGAUGUAAAAAAAGCUAGACAUGGAUGGAUGCAUGUUGGUGUAAAACCUGGUAACUUUGUUGGUACCUGACCUGAAGGUUUAAUUCUGCCUGGUGAAUGUGAGAGAGACUGUUGUUGUUGCUGUUGGUGGUCAGUAGUUAACCACAAUACAAUACAAUAGUUUGUUA